CCCUUGCGAGUCAUUGGUCGCUUUCUUCAGGUAAUCCUCGGCUAGGGAAGUGAUCGCCCUGAGGUAAAUAUUUUUGUAUCUCGGCUGUAGCUGAUCGAUACGUUAUAUUAGCUAUUAGAUAAAUGUAAACAACAUGGUUUGAUCUCAUUUUCAGUACCUAACAGACUCAUUACGGUUGGACAGCGAUCGGACUAUUGGGCAGCGCGAGGAGCCGAGUGUCGCUCAAAUGACGGUUGAACAGCGCGUGAGGAUAAUGUCGUCCGCUGAGAUAGUUGACAACUAGUCAGCAAGCUAACGUAAUUAGCUUAGCAAAGAGACUCCUCAUUUAUAGGAAAAACAACAACAUGUCAUGAUCAUAUAAUAAUUGCUCGUCGGUGUAAUCCCUAUAGGGGAUGUUUAGUUGCAAACGAAUGCAUUGAGCAACGCAUUAUGUACUUUGUGGACUUUCAAGUUAGCUUAGUUCAAUAGAUAUGUUGACCUAUUAAAAUUAGUACUCAAGUGAUUGGUCAGUACAUUUGUGACCGUAUCUUUAGUAAUAUGUGUCGGAGUUUCACAGCUGAUAAGUAGUUUCGAUCUAGCUUCCUCUUUGUUAGGGCUCGGUUUGUAACAAGUUUACUAAACCUGCUCUUAAGGUUACAUCUAUACUCUCCUACCUCUAUACUGUCAGUUACAAUUUUUUUAAAAUGAAAAACUGUGAGUAUCAACAAAUAGACCCACGAACGCUCAGAACAUCAACCACCCGGACGUCCUCCACCCUACCCUGUGAUAGGAAAAGCUCCCAUCGCCUGCGGAGAAAAUGGGAGGUUUUCCCUGGAGAAAAUCGAUUCUACUGUGAUGGGCGUAUUAUGUUGGCCAGGCAAUGCGGCGUGCUACCGCUGACCAUCGGCCUUAUUUUCAUCACCAGUGGCUUAUUCUUCACAUUUGAUUGCCCCUUUCUGGUGCAAAACCUCACUGUCUUCAUUCCAGUAAUUGGUGGGGUAUUAUUUGUAUUCGUCAUCGUUACCCUCUUUCAAACCAGUUUUACAGACCCUGGGAUCUUACCCAGGGCUUCGCCGGAUGAGGCUGCUGACAUAGAGAGACAGAUUGAUAAUUCUGGAUCGUCAACAUAUCGUCCACCUCCCCGCACUAAAGAGAUCCUUAUAAAUGACCAGGUGGUCAAGCUUAAAUAUUGUUUCACAUGCAAGAUGUUCCGUCCGCCCCGGACAUCCCACUGCAGCCUGUGUGACAACUGUGUCGAGCGGUUCGACCAUCACUGUCCUUGGGUGGGGAACUGUGUUGGAAAGCGCAACUAUCGCUUUUUUUAUGCCUUCACAGUGUCGCUAUCCUUUCUGACCUCCUUUAUCUUUGGUUGUGUGAUUACGCACCUCACUUUACGAUCACAAGGUGAUAGAGGUGUCAUCCAGGCAAUACAGGACAGCCCAGCCAGUGUUGUCGAACUGGUCAUUUGCUUCUUCUCCAUCUGGUCCAUUCUGGGUCUGUCAGGUUUUCAUACUUAUCUUGUGGCCUCCAACCUCACAACCAACGAAGAUAUCAAAGGCUCUUGGUCCAGUAAAAGAGGUGAAGAAUCAGGGAAUCCCUACACCUAUAACAACAUCUUCACAAACUGUUGUGUGGUGCUGUGUGGGCCGAUGCCACCCAGCUUGAUUGAUAGAAGAGGCUUUUUACCUGCAGAUGACGCACCUCAAACGGUGACCUCUGAUGCUGAGCUCCCUCCUUUCGUGGCCAAGAAUGACACAAACAUGUGCACACAGGGCACAAAGGAGCUUAUAGAAUCAAUGGCACACUCCACAGUGAUCCAGAGCAUCUGCACUCCAGGCACACCCAAAACCGCUCCGGUUACCCAAGAGAGUCUACUAAGUACCGUCUCCAUCGCUGUCUCUCCACCCAGCAAGCCUUCUACCGGCUGCUCAGGCCGCCAGGCCCGACGCCCCACAGACAUGCCUUGCCCCCAGAGAGGGAACAAACGGGCUGCUCUUCACACCCAUAAACCUAUGUUGCGUCUGCCUAGCCCCCCAUACUCCCUCAGCCACAGUCCGCUCAUUUUUAGUGACGCUCCCGACAUGGGCUUUAUCCCACUGAACUGAGCGCUGGAACUCUGCCACCAGCAGCCUUGUGCAAAUAUUCUCCUCUCUGUUACCACUUUGAGAACGCAUCACACUUUUUAAGAAACUGUGACGUACUAUACUCAGGAUCCUCUCAGGAAACAUGCCAUCUUUCAACGAAUGAGAAUAAGCCUGCAUUGAUUUUUUUUAAAUAACAGAGGGAUUUUGUUCCGUUAUCAUCAACAUACACUUGGUGAAGAGAACCGCAAAAUAUCUUCAGAAGAUGCUUUUGGUUUUCAGUCGUUUUGCACAAAAAUAUCAGCAGAUGAUCAGUGUUUUACAGAACCUCAAGCCAUUCUUUCAGCCUUUUGCCAUUCACUUAGACCUAAUGCAAUAACUACAUGCUUUGAAAGGUCACUUGGGUCUAAAAAAGCCUUACUUCAGAGUCACUUCUGUUCAUUUUGUGUGGUGUUAAAGAACUUCUACAAUAAAGUCAUUGGUUCAAAGAUAUUCGCAUCCAACAGUAUCAGAGAGCUCAGGAUUUGAGUGUUAAUGAGUUUUCUAUGUACAUGAUAGACUGUUACUGUUGGUCCAGAGCUUAUUAUCUCCUGUAUAAUGUUGUGACUUACAGUGAAUUAACAGCUUUCAUAUUUCUGUUUAUUUCGUGUCGUUUUUAAUACAGGGUUUUUCCUACUUUGAACAUUUUUUGGUGGCCACCAAAGUGAAUAUUUGAGUUUCCUAAAGCAAAUGUAGUAGUCUUUGAUGCAGUAUUUUUCUUCCAAGAUCUUGAGUUCUGCAUUUUGAGAUGGAAAGUGCUACAGCACAGACCAUAAAGCUUGUGUGACCCAUUUAGGAAGUCAAUCAACUUAAACAACUAGUUAGCUCUAAAUUCAUAAUCAGUAAACCUGGGAAUGGAAAUGUGGAAGUUAACUACUUCUUCUUUUUUUUCUUCGUACAAUUCUGAAAGUUCAACUUUAGUUUGAAUUCCCACAGCAUUUUGAGGUAGAACAAUUGGUAUCACUGUUGUAAAGUUGUAACUAAUGCAUUAAUUUGUUAAUGCAUCGUGAACUAACGAAAAUAUUUUUAAAGCAUUUAAAGAUAAUGUUAAAUUCUACAUAUAAUAAUACUUUAACAUAUCGAGUUGUAUAAACUAACAUUAAUGUAUUAUGAACAAACAUUAAUUAACUAUAACUUAGAUUAAUACAUGCUGUGAAAAGUUUUACAUUUUAAGCUUAACAAAUUGAACCUUGUUGCAGUGUUACCGAAAAUUCUGUCAAAUUCUUAAAGUUAGAUGAUCAAUAUCUCAUAUAUCCAAUAUAAAUAUAAUUACAAUUAUAUUACAUAUCGUGAUACUUAUUUUAUAUAUAUAUAUAUAUAUAUAUAUUUUAUAUAUAUAAUUAUUAUAAUUAAUUAUUUGCAUUUAGUGUCAUCAAAUUUACACGUGUAUGUAAGCUACCACCGAAAAACAUUUUUAAUCUAGGAAAAACCCUGUAGUAUUUCUGACUUUCCAUUGGUGGGUCAAAGAUUGUUUUCUGAUUGUUUCUAUUAAAGUGGUGUUACUAAGCGUGAAAGAAAGACCUGUUGUAACUGAAACAUUUUGCCUUGAGAUUGAUGGAUUAGCGACGAAUUGCACCAUCAUUAAGACAGUUUUUUAGUAAAGAGUCUGGCACAUUAAUAAAGUUGACAGUAUAAGUUGCAGAACUGUCUUGCACAUCUUAAGGACUAGACCUUAAAUAGAAGUUUAUCACUGCCAGCUGUGUUUGAGGGAAAGUAAAAGAAUGUAUAACUUCUUGUGUUUUGUGUUAUCCUUUUUCACCUAAAGACUUAAUGUAAUAAACAAAUGUUCUUUCCAAAUGUGA